AUGGAUUAUGCUAACUCCAGCAACCUGACUACAGCAGGCAACAAAACCGAUUUUAACAGCGUAUUCACGCGCCAGGUUCUGCCCAUCAUGUACGCACUGAUCUGUGUCGUUGGCUUGGUGUUGAACAGCAUGGCCGCUUGGAUUUUCUUCGGAAUGCCCAGUUCCUCCGCUCUCGUUGUUUACCUGAAGAACAUGGUGGUGGCAGACCUUCUGAUGCUGCUCAGUUUCCCGUGGCGUGUGGCCAGCGAACUGGGCUACGGAGGCUGGACCCUGCAGCUGAUUGUGUGCCGCUAUACAGCUGUGCUCUUCUACCUCAGCCUGUACACUGGAAUUGUCUUCAUGAGCCUCAUUAGCCUGGAACGCUAUGUCAAGAUCGUCCACACCUCCAGUUCGCCCUCCUCCCUCCAUCUGCAUUCGUCCCGCGCUCUCUCUCUCCUGCAGCGGGCGCCCGCCGCGAAGGCUCUGGCCCUGUUGGUCUGGGCGUUGAUGCUGCUCUGUAUGUUUCCUAACACUGUGUUGACCAACCAACCCGUUAAGGAGGGUGCCAAGCGCUCUUGCAUGGCCUUGAAGAGCCCGCUCGGUUCGAGCUGGCACAAGGUGUCCAGCCUGCUGGCCGUGGGCAUUUUCUGGGUGGCGCUGUUGCUUCUGGUGUUCUGCUACACCUCCAUCGCCCAUCGGAUCUACCAGUCGUACCGGCGGGUGCAAAGGGAUGGUAGCGAGGCCAGGCGCAAGUCUAACCGUAGCAUCUUUAGCCUGCUGGCGGUGUUUUUCAUUUGUUUUGUGCCUUACCACGUGACGCGCGUACCCUACACGCUCAGUCAGAGCCCGGAUUCUGGGUUCAGCUUACAAAGCCGUUUCAUGCUUUUUCAGGCCAAAGAGGCCACGCUGUUCCUCUCGGCGUUCAACGUGUGCUUGGAUCCGGUCAUCUAUUUCCUCAUGUGCAGAAGUUUCCGGGAGUCCCUGCUGAGAAGGAUGUCAGUAGCACGCGCGGACAGCCCACGUCCAUCUCUCACCAACGGGGCCACCGUCAGUAAUUUGUGA